AUGCAAUACCUAUUUGUUAUCACUCUAUUCCUAGGGCUCGCCAUUGCCCGACCACCGUUCCUCGGAAAAGCGCUGAACCCUCAAGCUGGAAAUACAAUCAAGUCCUGGGAGUUGGCUCAAUUUCACCUCGAGCCAUUCAAUCUCACAGAUAUGGCUGUCGGAUGUACAAAGACGAAUAUGAGCUCUUCAUUGUUUGGGUGCUCAAUCCAGUUCAAAUGGGAUGAUCCCAAUGCCAACCAAUCCUGCACUUGCAAAGAGGAUUGGCAGUGGAAUGGCAUCACUCAUACUCAGGGGCCCAUGAACAACUACAGCACGGAUUAUUCUAUUUGCAAGAAUGACGACACCGAAAUCUUCCAAUUCAAGUUUAUAGAUGUCUUCGAUUUAUCUAAUUUUAGUCUUUCUCUGACGCACAUCUAUAAGGAUAACAAGUAUAAUAGAUAUACCCCCAGGUAUCGAGUCGAACUAACGUCUUCCAACUUCAGAAACUUCCCGACACCUACGACGGCGAACAUGUUUUCACAGACGAAUAUCACCCUCGAUUUGAUAGAGAAGUCGAAUACUACGAUGGCAUAUUCUUCCGCUUGCGACUGUCCCAUCAAAGCGAACAUUACCGGCAUGACAAUUUAG